AUGAGAGCAGUAAAGGCACAGCAACAUGCACGCCAUACUGAUCCAUGGAACAUAAAUAUCCCAGAAGAACACCUUUCUCAGUAUUUUUACAACCAGGAUAAGCUAUCCCGAAGAUGCGAAGAAUGGCAGAAUUGCCCUUACAAGCCUUACACAAAGAAUACGGAGUGUUGGGGCUAUGAAGGUAGCUGUGUUCCUGAUUACAACUAUGCAGACUGCUUGGAACUGCAACCAAAUGUCAACGAUAGUAGAAGAAUACAGCGCGCUAGAAAGCAUUUCUAUGAAGCUGCUGAUUGGGGAUACGUGAAGCAAGAAAUCGACUCGAUGAAAAGUUUCUGCACACCACAGCAUACGACCGAUUCUGCACUGAGAUGCAGUUCCAAUAUGCAUUACUGCGAAGCGGAAAAUAUUUAUAUCAAUUUUGAAAUGUUGGGCAAAGAUCCACCGGAGGGAGAACCACAUUACUAUUUUAGGCAUAGGCAGAUCGAUUUUAGCCGUGGACGGAUGGGAGGGCAUUGCAAACUUGACAGGCCAGGACUUCUCAAUCAGAAGCAUCAUUCGCAGUGCUCACUGUCAUCGUGGUAUCCCACCAUAAAGUAUUAUGAUGAACUAGACUUUCGUCCCAGUGCAAGCAACCAUUGUGAUAUUGUGGAGGACAAGCUCACAUUUCUUAUUAAAUUGGAUAUUGGUGCGAACUUGUAUCACCACUUCUGUGAUUUCUUCAACAUUUACCUUAGCCAACAUAUUGGCAGACAUAACUUUACUGACGACAUAAAAAUUAUCAGCUGGGAUUCACCUAGUGGUUGUAGCGGAAGCAGAAUGUUCGCAGCAUUCAAUCAACAUCUUCUUCAUCGACUAGAAAUCCAACAAUACGGACCAAUGGAUGGACAGGUUAGAGUAACCCUCAUUGCAAGAACAACAGCGACAAGAACGAUUUUGAAUCAACGAGAACUCGUCGAUGCAAUGAAAACCGUUCCAGCCGUUCACCUCAGUGUUUAUGAUCUAAAUACAAAGAAAAUAUCAUUUCGUGAUCAAAUAAACAUUACGCAUAACACGGAUAUUAUUGUUGGCAUGCAUGGAGCUGGUCUGACGCAUAUGCUAUUUCAACCAGAUUGGGGAGUAACCUUUGAAAUGUAUAACUGCGAAGACGGUUGCUAUAGUGAUCUGGCGCGACUUCGGGGAAUUAAGCAUCUUACAUGGCGGAGGCCUUAUAAGUUGUGGAAAGAAGCUACCACGCAGAACGAUCAUAUCAAAGAUUACAGUUAUGGAUUUGAUGUUGAAGAGUUCAUGAAGAUUCUCAUGUUGGGAAUAGACUACGUCGAAAAAAAUACGAACUUCCAGAACGCGAGAACUGUUGGGUAAAUGGCACACCUCUGAAAGAGAGAGAAACUGUGUUGCAUGCUAGUCUACGCACCUUCCGUACUAAACACCAACGUAGGUUUGCAAUAACAAUGACAUUAGAAAUACAUACAAAUACAUUGGUACAUGCGUACGGAGCCCGGGA